AUGCCUAGGGGGAACCAGCCACCGCAGGACCUCAACACCACCACAGAAGGCAGCCAUCCACUCCAACACCCCCCAAAAUGCAACAAUCCAAGGCAGACCCCAGAGCACACCCCCGCAGUGACCGAACAGAAGGGGGCCACACCCCGAGGCAGAGGCCGGGUGGGGUCCGCGCGUCGCCUGACCUCCCAGUCCAAGCUCUCCUCCGCCCAGGGUUCGCGCACACGAGGGCCUCCUGCAGGCCAGCGGAUCCCAGAGCGACCCAACCCCGCGGACCCACGCAAGGGCAAGGGGCCGGCCUCGGGGCGGCGUGACAAUCGGCAACGAACGACUUCCAUCACGAAGCCCGAAACGUCCACGCCGAAGCCCCCCACCCCCGAGCACCCCAACAUGGCCCGUGGCGGCAGUCAGAGCUGGAGCUCUGGGGAGUCGGACGGCCAGCCAGAGGAGCAGACUUCAGAGGAGAACGGAGACAAGAUGGUGAAGGAGACCCAGUACUAUGACAUCCUGGGGGUGAAGCCCAGCGCGUCCCCGGAGGAGAUCAAGAAGGCCUAUCGGAAGCUGGCGCUUAAGUACCACCCGGACAAGAACCCGGAUGAGGGCGAGAAGUUUAAACUUAUAUCCCAGGCAUAUGAAGUACUUUCAGAUCCAAAGAAAAGAGACAUCUAUGACCAAGGUGGAGAACAGGCAAUUAAAGAAGGGGGGUCAGGUAGCCCCAGCUUCUCUUCACCCAUGGAUAUCUUUGACAUGUUCUUUGGUGGUGGAGGACGGAUGACUAGAGAGAGAAGAGGCAAGAAUGUUGUCCACCAGCUGUCAGUAACUCUGGAAGACUUAUAUAAUGGAAUCACUAAGAAACUGGCCCUCCAGAAAAAUGUAAUUUGUGAGAAAUGUGAAGGCAUCGGUGGGAAGAAGGGGUCUGUGGAGAAGUGUCCCCUGUGCAAGGGGCGGGGGAUGCAGGUCCACAUCCAGCAGAUCGGGCCGGGCAUGGUGCAGCAGAUCCAGACUGUGUGCAUCGAGUGCAAGGGCCAGGGCGAGCGCAUCAACCCCAAGGACCGCUGUGAGAACUGCAACGGUGCCAAGGUGACCCGAGAGAAGAAGAUUAUCGAGGUGCACGUGGAGAAAGGUAUGAAGGAUGGGCAAAAGAUACUGUUUCAUGGAGAAGGAGAUCAGGAGCCUGAGCUGGACCCUGGCGAUGUGAUAAUUGUGCUUGAUCAGAAGGAUCAUAGUGUCUUUCAGAGACGAGGCCAGGAUCUGAUCAUGAAAAUGAAAAUUCAGCUCUCUGAAGCUCUUUGUGGCUUCAAGAAGACAAUAAAAACGUUGGAUGAUCGAGUCCUUGUCAUUUCGUCUAAGUCAGGUGAGGUGAUAAAGCACGGGGACCUGAAGUGUAUCCGCAACGAGGGAAUGCCUAUCUACAAAGCCCCUCUGGAGAAGGGGAUGAUGAUCAUACAGUUUUUAGUCGUCUUCCCUGAAAAACAGUGGCUCUCUCAGGAGAAGCUUCCUCAGCUGGAGGCUCUGCUUCCGCCUCGGCAGAAGGUGAGGAUCACAGAUGACAUGGAUCAGGUGGAGUUGAAGGAGUUCAAUCCCAACGAGCAGAGCUGGCGCCAGCACAGGGAGGCCUAUGAGGAAGAUGACGAAGGGCCCCGCGCAGGCGUGCAGUGCCAGACAGCAUGAUGGUGCGGUGUGGCCUGGCCUGGUUGGACUCUAGUACAUGAUGAAUGUAAACUUGGCACAAUGAAAAUGGCAUCGCUUUAAUAGCCUCAUGUUUGGGGUGUCCCGUGUAUGUGUUCAGCAGUCCCCACUGCUGAGGAUCUCUUGGGUUUUAUUGUUUCUCUUCUAGUUGUAACUUAAGUUAUAGCUUGAUUUAUAUUUAAAUGUUUUAAGUUCAAUCCCCUCUAGUCUGCAUAUGGAAUCUUUCAUUUGUACUUUCAGGACUUAUUUUGGAGAUGCCAGUACCACAUUGACCUUUUGUGCUUCUUAGUGGCUUUGUUCAUUCCCACAGUAGGCCCAGAGGACCUCUCUUGGCCCCUAACAAAGGCCCAGAAGGUGGGUGUCUGGCCCAUCUCUAGUCUGUGGUUUUUCUCCCCUUCCUCCCUUGGCAGAGUCACCGAGGGUAUGAGCUCAGGUCUGCUAGUAACAUUUCUGAAUCUAGACUCUAGAACUCUUAGAUAGUAAAAGCCCACGUAUGGCUUGCAGGAGGCCCAGCAUGCCUGGUUCAUACCGAGUAGGCUGGACUCCAAAGCUGCAGAGACAGUCUGGGGCAUACUGUUCUUUCCCCUUGACUGGUUAGAAAGGGGGUUGUUUGAACAUCUCUUUUGGAAGUUUUCUGAACUUCCCAAGCCUUGUGAUGACAAGCCCAUUUUAAACGAUAAGCCAAUAAAGCCAUUUGCCUGUAACCCCA